ACAAGACCAUGCCAAAAAGUCAGUUACCAUGGUUACCAGUGAGAAGUCAGGAUCUGAUCAACAGAGUCAGAAGGAUCAUGGAAAAUCACCAGCCAUUAAGACUGUGCCGAGUUUAACAAUGCCGAGAAAAAGAUGGAAAAGAAUCAGACCAGGUCAAAGACAGCGCAGAGAGGCUGCGCAGGCUGCUGAAGCUGCUGCAAAAUUAAAGCCUCAAACGAAAGAAAACAAAAUCACACUGGUAGAUACAUCUAAAAAAGCAGACCCAAAGUUUGGGAAUUUUAGAAAGAAAAAAUUUCAGGAGAGCUCUGCAGGACGCCGUGCUCGAAGAUUAAGACAGACUGCUCGUGCAAUAGCUGCAGCAGCUAAUAGACCAAAUUUUGGUCCAGGUUUUCCUUCCAUGCGACAGAAUUUUGCUCAUCGGUCAUUUGGACUAAAUGACCCUUUUCAAAUGAAUCUGGAAAACAUGAUGAUGGGACCGAUGAAUUUCAAUGCACAACAUCCCGAUGAUAACCCUCAAAAUAAAGUAUUUUUUAGGAAAGGGUUGGAUUUUGGACAACGGCAGAAUGAUUUCAUGAAUGAACCUUAUAACACUAGAUUUGAAAAUACCGACAUGAGAAGAGAAUGCCUUAACCUCCACCAUGAUGAAGAGGAAUUUCUGAGAAGACGUCAUGAUGUCAUGUUUAACGAAGAAAGGGAAAGGAUAAGAGGAGGGUAUGAUGAACAGCAAGAUUUCAUGAGGAGACCUUUUGAUAUUGAUGAUGUUGAACGCAGGCAAAUGUUGAGAGAACAAGCUAACUUUUCUAGGGGAAGACCAAAUGACAUGCGUCAUAGACAUAUGGAAAUGAUUAAACAAGGUCCAAACUUUGGACAGGACCAUAGAGAUUUCCACAUGGGCCGAUCAGAAUAUGCAGAAAAAGGGAACAGACAGGGUUUUGGAUUUGGUCCUGUUCUUAUGGAAGAUGAUGAAGUCAUUCCAAGUCGAGAUCUGGCUUACUCAAGAAAUGAUCAGAAUGAUUUUAGAAAGGACUUUUCAUCUAUGGAAGAUGACCGAUUAUUUAAAGCCUUUGGAUUUGAUAGGCAUGAUAGGAGUAUUGGUCAUGAGAGAGGAAUGAUGAGCAGAGAAGAUGGUUUUGAACGAGAUAAAUUUGUCAAGGACACUAGUAGAGGAAGAAAUAUGAAGGAAGAUUUUCCUUCUCGAGAGUUUGAUCAUAUGGAUGAGGAAAAAAGAAAUAAAUUUGUGAAGGAUACUCUCAGUAGAAGGAAUGUAACAGAAGACUUUUCUUCUCAAGAGUUUGAUUGGAGGGAUGAUUCGAAACGAGACAGAUUUGUGAAGGACACUCUGAGAGGAAAGAAUGUAAUGGAAGACUUUCCUACUCGAGAAUUUGAUUGGAGGGAUGAGGAAGAACGAAAUCGCAGGAUAGACUGUCCAGAAAGGGACAAUUCUAAUGCCAGAAAAGGUAGACCCUUUCACCAUGUUCAGGGUAAGCUUGAAAAGUGUCCCAUUCCAGGGUGCUUUAUUGAGUGCAAUGAUCUGUACUAUCAUGCAUCUCAAAAACAUAUACCAGGCAUAUUUAAAACAGUGGAAGAUUCCGAUAAAAUCAGUCAAGCAAAUGUGACCCCAACUCGUGUUGCAGCCCUUCGUGCAUUGAAAAUGGCCAUCCUUGGACCUCAAAGUUCAUUCAAUGCCUUAAUGGAUCUUGUCAAUGGUAUAGGUAUUGAUGUUCCAAAAAAUGAAGAGUUGGCCUCCUGUCAUUGGGCCAUGGUGGAAGUUUGCCAAGAUCAAGAUUGGAAGGUACCUGACCGGUUCAGUUUGAAUCCAGUCAAUUCUCCUGCUGGUCUGAUCCACUGGAGACCUAUACUGAUUUUGAUCAGCUUAUUAGACGAAAAGAGACGCAUGAGCAUACUUUCUGCAUUUCCUCCAGCAGGAAAGUCUUCUAUGGAUCGUCCCACUUCAGAUCUUUUUAAAAAUUCAUCCAACAAACCAAAAGAAGUUCUGCAGUCUGAAAUGUCUACGAUAAAUAGCUCCCAAUCACAGCCAAAGAAUAGAAAUCACCAUUUAAGAAAUUUGCAAGCAAGAAGGACUAAUCUCUCAGAAAAUUCAAAAAAUUUGCGAGACACUUUGCAGAACACAAAUAAUCAAAGAUUGAAUCCUUCAGAUACAAAUUUUAAGAGGAAAAGAAACAGAGUUCACAAUAGAAAUAGGCAGAGAAGUGGGAAAUUUUAUAUACCAUCUUCAAAUGUAAACAAUAGUAGUCAUGACGAUAGAGCUGAUUCAUUAGGCUCUUAUUAUCAAGGUAACCUUGAUGCUGACUAUCAAAUGGGACCUAGAGAUUUAGAGACAAUGUCUAUAAAUUGUAGUCUUCAAGCUAGAGAUAGAAAAAUAAGGUCAUUAUUUGACAGUGAAGUCGAAUAUUCCAGAUCAGGAAACACUUCACAAAACAGGAACUUUGAGAUGACGAAUAAUCUAGGACCAGACCAUACUUCAAUGUCUCAAAAUUUCAAUCAGAUGAGGUAUCAAAGAGGUCCCUUUAAUGGAGACUUUCAAACUGAAAACAUCGUAAGACAACAAGGUCUAGGAUUUACUGAUAGUGUAUCAGUAGAAUCAAUGGGUCUGUCCUCUCUGACUAGACAAAUGGAUCGAUCAUUUGAGGGUUCAUUAGGUCACAACACAGGCAACGCUGGGUUCAAUUCUUUGGAUGGGAUGCAGUGGGGUCAAGGAUUAGAUUAUCAUGAUCAGUUCCAAGGAAACAUUCCAAAUCAACAGAUGUGGACAGGAACUGGCAAUAGUCGCCAAUUUCCCGGUCAUUAGAAAAAUGUUAACGUUAACGUUGAUAUUGUACAUAAUGUAUAUAUAAUGAAAGAUAUGUUGAUGUAUUCUAAUGUAGAUAGUGUGCGAUAUCAUAUAUUUGGAAAUUUUCAUGUCUAAUGUUUGUGGUUGGUAUUUUACUGUGGAAUUUCUACUACAU